CAGCAAUGAGCAUCUGCAAGCUGUAUUGAAAAAGCUUCUGUUUCGACAAGUCCGGACAAGUCGACAUGCAGAUGGCAUGGCAUCCAUGAAGGUCUCGGUGGAGCAGAUCAAUGGGGAAGCCAUGGUGGUCGAAGUGAUGCCAGAGAUGAAGAUCAGCGACUUCAAAGCGCUGCUAAAAGCACAGCGGGUUUGCGGAGAUGAAGUCAUGCGCAAGAUUGCCAAAGCGGAGGUUUUGGUCUUGACCGUCGUGAAAAUUCCCGACUCAGCCGCAAGUAUCGGAAUCAAAGCCUUCGAAAACUGCCGGUCGCUGACCCUUUUGACCAUCCCCAACUCGGUGACCUCCAUUGGGGACUCUGCCUUUGCAUUUUGCGGAGAAUUGACACGUUUGACCCUUCCAGACUUCGUGACCUCCAUCGGAGCCCGUGCCUUUGCGUUUUGUGUGUCCUUGACCAGCGUGAAGAUUCCCAGCACUGUGACGUCCAUUAAGGCUGGCACAUUUGUCGGCUGCAGCGAGAUUACGAACUUGACCAUUCCCAACUCGGUCACUUACAUUGGAGCCAAUGCAUUUGCAGGUUGUCGUUCAUUGACAAGCUUGACGGUUCCCGAGUCUGUGACUUUCAUUGGAGACUAUGCAUUUGCAAGCUGCAGCCGCUUGACAAGCUUGACAAUUUGCAAGUCUCAAACUUCAAUUGGAGACUACGCAUUCUCAGGCUGCAGUUCUUUGACAAGCUUGACAAUUCCUGAGUCUGUCACAUCCAUUGGAGUUUGCGCGUUUGCAGAAUGCCGUUCCCUAAGAAGCUUGACCAUUUCCAGCUCUGCAAAUUCCAUCGGAUUCGAUGCGUUCAAAAACUGUGCCUUGUUGACCAACUUCACUGGCUCACCCGAUUCUGUGAGACUUUUGCAGCAAACAAUCGACAGCAAUAAGGCAGAGGCUUCGAAGGGGGUCUCUGUUUGACGUCCGGCUCGUGCGUUGGCCGAACAACGUCGUGCGCCCAGUGUGUGCCAACGAGUGCCUGUACAAAGAGCUUUAAGCGAGUUGCGGC